CCGAACCGAAUGUUGCACUGACAACUUAACUUAAUCAUAUCGUAGUUGUUGGGCUUAUUCGGACAUACAUCAAAAACCCCUCUUGCGCAGAUAUGAAAACAAUAUUCAGUCUUAGUACUCUGCUUGCUUGUAUUUCAACUGUUUUUUGCUUGAGAAACGAUCCUUCGAUCCUAGUUAUCGGAGCUGGACCAGCGGGCAUUGCUGCCGCUACUAGAUUACUGGAGAGAGGUUUCAAAAAUGUAACAGUUUUAGAAGCAGAAUCCAGGAUCGGUGGAAGAAUACUCAGUGUGAAAUUUGGGGACGCCUUUGUGGAUUUGGGCGCUCAGUGGUGUCAUGGAGAGGAAGACAAUGUCGUAUACGACCUUGUGAAGGACUUCAACAUUUUAAGGCACUCUACGUUGUCGAAAAAGUUCUAUCACUCUUCGGGAAAGGUAAUAGAUGAAGGGUUCUCUGAGGAAAUCUUCAAUAUCAUGGACGAGGUGUACACAGCAGAUGGAAAUCGUCAUGUGCCUGAUUAUCUCACUGUAGGGGACUAUUGUAAACAAAACUUUAAUGAAACAUUACACCAGAAGUACGGCCAUGAUAGGGAAAAACUCGGACUGGCUUUAUCAACAAUGGACUAUUUUCAACAUAAAGUUUUGGGUUUCGAAGGUUCAUUCUCUUGGUACGAACCUGCAGCCAAAAAUGACUACAGAGAUUGUGGAGGUGACCUUCAACUCAACUGGAACGGAUUGGGGUACAAAACCAUUUUAGAAGUAUUAAUGAGGAAAUACCCAAAUAAAAUAAGACAGCUGCCAAUUGACACUAAGAUCAUCCUCAAUAAUGAAGUAAGGAAAAUCCGGUGGAAUGAAAACCUUCUGAAGAAUGCUGUGACGGUUUCGUGCUCUGAUGGUACCGAAUACACUGUUGAUCACGUCAUUUUCACUCCUUCCAUUGGCGUGUUGAAGGAAAGAGCUUAUACUAUGUUUGAACCUAGACUAUCAGACAUCAAACACCAAGUUAUUGGAAAUAUUGGUUUUGGGUCUGUAAUGAAAGUUGCCUUGCAUUUCCCAAAGCGUUGGUGGGGGGAUGAAAAUGGGUUCAACUUUUUUUGGAGUUCGGAAGAUAAGUGGUCAGUACUUAGAGAUCUUCCUGAGGACCCAAAUUGGAUUGGAACAUCUUGGGUGACAUACUUAUACGCAAUCGAAACGACUGAGAAGAAUCCAAAGGUUCUCAUAGCGUGGUUCACGGGAAAUUUUGUUCCAGUUAUUGAGCAACUGUCAGACAGGGUUCUGAUUAAUGGAAUCUAUUACGUGCUGAAGAAGUUCCUGAGUCAAGAGUAUGAAAUAAACAAACCUGACAGGAUAAAUCGAUCUCAGUGGUAUUCCAAUCCUCAUUUCAGAGGAGUUUAUUCUUUCCAAACGGUGAAAUGCAAGAGAGGCAAUGGGGUUACUUCGGAAACUAUUUUGGCAACGCCACUGACUAAUGUGGAAAAUCGACCUAUUGUUCAAUUUGCUGGGGAAGCAACUCAUCCCUAUUACUUCUCAACAGUCCACGGCGCCAUAGAAACUGGCUUCAGAGAAGCAGAUGUACUAAUAGGAUUAUACUCUAAAAAUGCGUAAAUUUUUAUACGCAUUUAUCAAUAGAUAUUUUACAUACACUGCCAGCUCUAGCUUAUUUACGGCGAUAUAUUUUUUAGGUAAAUUGAAUUGAAAUCAUUAGAAGUAUUUUUUAUCAGCAAUAUUUAUGGCAGAAGUGCAAUGAUACACAUAACACUGCUCUAACAAAAAUAUGUUGUAAAUUAUUUUGGAAAACUUUUUAAACUAAUCCAUGAUUUUUGCCAUAAAUGUAAGCAUCUUUUAUUUUACCAAAUAAAAGUACCUAUAUACAAUAAUACACAAUUUAUAAACAUCAUUUUGUAAAAAAAUGGAAUUAAAGAAUUUUUUUCUUUUCA